GCGAUUUCAGACUGUGUUAAGGAUAAAACGUCUUCGACUACUAGCUCGAGUAAAGCCGUCGGAUCCAGAACUUUACUUCCUCCUCAAAAGCCAUACCAAAUUUUGUAUCAUCUAGCAAAAUUGAUUCGAAUCGUCAGAAACCCGACGCUAUAAGUCAUUGAUUCAAACCAAAUCAAGAUGUACCGCCCUCUCAUAGUCCUCCUUUCUCUCACCUCGAUUGGUUUCGCAGCCAAUAGCAGUGACGCCUGCUACGCAACCACCCUCCCUCCUCUUCCAACCUCAAUUGCAUCAGGAAAUAGAACGAUACCAUGGGGCUCACCAGCCCUGACUCUUCCAAACGGGACUCUAUGCUGCGGCUCUCUCGACCAAGUGAGAGACGGCAUCGAUGACGUAGAUACGCAGCUUCUGCAAUUGCUCGCUCUGAGAGCUGGGUAUGUGAGGGAAGCGACGAGGUUCAAAGCUACUUUGGAUGCUGUCGAUGUCCCGUCACGAGAUCUGGAGGUCAUUCAGGAUGCUGUUGAUGCUGCGAAUAGUACAACGCCACCGUUGCCAGCUACGAUUGCUAAGAGUGUGUUUGAGGCUAUCAUCAAUGCUAGUGUUCCUUUCGAGCAAUGCAUUUUC